UAACCCGUCGCUAGGACGCGAGAUGCGAUGCCAGAAAAAAUGAAGAAAAAAAAACAAAUUUGUUUGAUAUUGUAAAUGAAUAAUGGUUCUGUAGGAGGAGACCAUGCCCUUGUCUAUUCCACUCCUGAGGAGGAGGUGCAGGGGGCCCUUGAACGAGGUCAAAUAUGUUGAUUUGUCAAAUCGUGGUCUAGCAAGGAUAGAAAACCUGAAUGUACUCCCGAAGCUAGAGACGCUGAUUUUAAAAGGCAAUGACAUCACUCUGGUUCAAAACCUUAUGGUAUGCCACCAUCUGUGGCAUCUUCAUCUCGGAAACAAUCAGGUGACAAAUCUGGAUGGUUUGAGUAAAUUUGUUGCUCUUGGCACUCUAAAUCUAAGCCUGAACAAUCUAGUGUGGAGUGACCUGAGGCAUAUCAGACACAUGUACAUCCUGGAACUUAGUCUCCAUGGCAACCCCAAGCUGGAUAAAGAUCCAUAUUAUCGUAUUCAUGUAAUUGAUUGUCUUCCUAAUGUAUGGAUGUUGGACGGGAGACUAAUAACAUCUGCGGAGAGGAUUCAAGUUCAGCAUUUCUUCCAGGAUACAUCAGUUUCAGAUCACCCUGUGAGACACAAGCUUCCCAAGGACCAGUUUGUACCCAGUUCUCUGAAGAAGAUUCAAGUUCAUGGAAUAUAUGGUCAUAAGACAACACACUUCAUGAUGAAGUUCCCAACGACUGGUGAUCUGAACGUUGGCACAGACCACAGACGCCUGGCGUAUAUGGCACACAACAUACAAGGAGAUAUCCUGACGGAGAGUCAACAGACACAAAGCAGAAAUCCAGGGUUGACAUGCCAUAAUUUCCUGGAGCAGCUGCUGGAGAUGCGCGCAUCAGAGAGAGAAAAGUGCAAUGUCCUCCUGCUGCUGCUUGUAGCUUCGUUAGAGUUUGAUAUUCCACAUUCACUCCUUCAGGAGGCUCUGACCGUCACCAAGCUUCGAGACGUCAUAGAUGACUUUGAUAGUCUUGAUCUCUUUCUAAUGUCGGAGGAUCAUCAGUGUCGGGUUCUAUCUCUCUUACUCAGUGCUGUCAAGGUUGAUCGAGAUAAUCAUCAGGACGGUGGAUUGUACGACAAGCUUUACCUGUGCCUGUAUUACACUGUCGCUGAGCUUAUUAAACAUCAUAACAUUGGAAGCAAGAAGAGUGAGGGGCCUGUUGACAGAACAAAUCCAAUCUAUCGUGAGUAUCGAUCCUUGCUUGCGGCUGAAGUGGUCCAGCUCCUGUGUAUUGUGCCUUCCUUCUACACCUUCCUGAACAAAGACCUGUCCAUCUCCCAUCUGGUUACCCAGGCAACGGGGAAGGCAUCAACCAUGGAGGGAGUCGAAGCGGUGAUGGAGAGAAUACGACUUACAGGGGGUCAGGGAUCAAAUCAUCGCAUCAUUGAAGAGGUGUCCGAGUAUCUAAUGGAGAGUAUCCAGAGGAACACCAAGAAAGUCUUGCACAAGAAAAUAUCUUCCAAGAGCUCUUCAAACUUUGUACUAGAGACUCCUAGAGCUCUGCCAAAGAGACCACAAUCAUCACCCGUCUUUGCCAGUAAGUUCCUGGCCGUAGGCCAACCCAGCCCCGUCGGUAAGCCAUACUCCAGGCCCAACAGCAGUCGACCGUCCAGGCUUUCCCAGCGCCCCACCACAGCGUCGUCUGUUCGGUCAUCGGCCUCGGAACGCAUCCAACCAGCAGCAUCCUCCAUGUCACCGCUUACCACAGCCUUGAAGCCCCGUGCUGCCUCCGCCGGGGUGUGUCGCUACCCCAAGAAGCAGGAAGAGUGGAGGCCGGCUAAGCCUCCGAGGUUGGGGGACAAAGUCCUGUUGGGUCCCCAGAACCUGGCUUACAUCAUUGCUCUACCAGAGUACGAUGUUGCUUUACUGCAGAUGGAGGCAAUUCCAGAUCUAUCUAAAACAUGGAAAGCGCCCAACGGUUCCGUUGUUAGCUUCACUCGAAACACGGAUGAGCAUUAUGCCUACAUGAAUAUGAUUCAUAUGGAAUGGGACUCUCGUUACAAGUACUGGAAACCCAUUGGAACUGUUGGGGACAGGAUUACGCUUCAGACUGUUGAAAGCAACUUUGAGACCAAACCACCACCAUCGAGUCCAACGUCUAGCCUUAGUCCCAGAUCAUUAGAUGGUACAGGAACAGAAUGUACUCCUCAUCCUUCACCGAGAGAAUCGAAUGAGAACUUGCCCAGACCCAUCUCACUGAGAUUCCGGGACAAACUGCAGCUGAGCCCGGAGAAGAUCACUCCCAUUGAAGAAAAGCUGCUUGAAGAACCCGAGGAAAGGUCAUUGAGUUUGCAUGAUGAAGGUGAUCAAGACAGAGAACAUGUAACAGUGGACCAAGGAGAAAUUGAAAUUCUGGAGCAGCACGGAUGUGAUGGUGAGAGUAAACGAGAGGAAAUUGCUCCACUGGAACAAAGUGAUUCACAAUCUGAUGCAAAGCAGGCUGAUAAAGAAACAACUUUAACAGAGAUACUGAGUGCUAGGAUGACGGAAGACAAGAAGAUGAGUGACCAUGACAGCCAGCAUCCUCAUCACAGCCUUGAUGAUUCUCUCUAUAACUGUUUACGCUGUGCCAUGGAAACAAUACAAAUAAACACAGAUACUCCUGCAACGUCAGCCCGUUCAGACACGAGAUAUCAAACAGAAAGAGAGAGGACUGGAUCUAUGGUGAAUCAAGUUGCAGAAGCCAAUACAGCAUCUACAGAGGACCUGGAUAUAUCAGAGGCUCUCAUUAGCCAAUCCAAGAGAGCUUCCAGCAGACCGAACACUGCCAAGAGUGCGCCAGAUUCGUACAGGUCACAAGCUGAAGUGAAUGUAUUGGAUCUCAAUGUGUGGCCAGAUUCAGGCGUCUAUACAGAGUACCAGAAGGAAAGGACUAAAGCUUGGGGAAACACCCUGAAAAGACCAAAGUCAUCUUCUUCAAUUCGCAGUAAAGAGCGCCCAUUGUCACGAGCAUCCUCUGCCAAAAGUAGGUCUAGCACACCCACCCAACCAGUCCUUAUUCAAAUGGGUAACCACUGGUUGGCAGGGGGACGAGAUGUUGCCUCGUGGGAGCGCAUCACCAAUCGGAUGAAGACCUUCCAUGCCCCAGGAUGGAUAGAGGGAUCUCCGGCAUCGAGGAGACCAAAGUCGGUGGGACCACACAAGUACAAACCAAGAGGUGCAGUGACUGUGCAACGUCGUGCCAAGUCUGCAGUAGGCCCACGAGAAAAACGUAAUUUUUAUGAAGAAUCAUCACACCCCCCUCCAUCCCCUGCAUCCACUGAUUUCACCCAAGCUGAUAUAGAAGAUGAUCCCGAUCCCAACUACCUCCACCAAGCCCAUCAACAUAACUUCACGUCAUCAUCACCCUCAUCGCGCCCACUGUCGGGUGUCCAAAGACCUGCAACGCCACCCUUUGGGGGGCCAAAGAAACCUGCUUCACCUCUUCAGAUGACAGUCAAGUUUAUGUGAUUUGUUAUUAAAAUGAGAGUUCGUCGACAUAACUUGACAUCAUCAUUCCCAAGUGUUAAAAAAAGACAGUUUCACAUCUUAUGUAUGUCAAGACUUUGUGAUUUGUACCAUUCCAUAUUUUUGGCUAGAAGGUGUAGUAGGUUCUGCAUAUGUCGAAUCUUGUUGAGCCACAAAAUCCUUAAAGAAGACCUGUUGAACAUGUUCUUGUCUUGUAAAAUCCUCUGACUUAGCCUUUACUUCUACUUACGGAAGGUUGAAUCAUGAAGAGUGUACAGUAUAUCAUCACUGCAACACAAAACUUUUAUCUCAGUUAUGACUGGAUACGACUCAUUAAUCUAGUAAGUGAUGAUAUUGUAUCCAACUUCAUAUCUCUCUUUAAUGAAUUGAAAACUCUAUGUCAUUUUGAAGGAGAGGGCUGUGGCAUGUUUUUCUUUCUCUACACCCUGAGCUUUUUUUAGAUGCAUGGUUUUGUAACCACUGGAGCAAUAUCAGUGGGUUUGUCUUGUGUGUGUUGGCCACAUUGAAAUCAUGGUUUCAUCUUUUCAGAAGUUUGUAACUGAAAUCUAACCUGGGGGGCCCACUACAUAAAAAAAUAUAUUAGUCAGAUUGACUCUCCAGCCAUUUCAGAAUCGGAUUUUGUCAUUCAAUUAAUAAAUUCACCAGCAAUAUUUUUGUUUUGGCCCGCAUGUUAUCGAUCUAUUUUUUUUAAAGAACAAUAGUUCUACUUACAUGUGUAGGGAUUCCUUGUAGUUUGCAGAAAUUGACCAUUUCCUGCACUUGUGACUUUUAAAAAAUUUUCUUGCCUUGUUUUUUUUAUUUGUUUCUUGGUCUUAUGAUCACAAGAGAAUAUGAUCAUGAAGCAAUCUUAUAUCUUUUAAAAUUGCAGUGAUACCCCAAUUUUUUCAAUCUUGAGGUACAUGUAUAAAUAACAUACCUACAUGUAUAUAACACCUUGAUACCGAUGUUUGGUUUCUCUAUGUUAGCAAUACAUUUAUAAUCUGUAUAUUUUGUGAUUAUUAGACGUGAUUAAAGAUUAAAUUAUAAUGUUCUUUAUGGUUGAUAUUUUAUUAGGAUGAAUGUAGUGAUUGUGUAUUCUCAUUUUCAUACAUGUAUAACCCCACUGUGGCUGAAUAUAUGUGUCUUUAUUCAUUUUGAGCUGUAGUUAGAUUGUGAUACAUAUCUGUUCCUCCAAUAAUUCUACAAAAUUAGAACUGUUUAAAGACUUUUUUAACUGUAAAUAUUCACUUGUCAAACAGUGCACUCAAGAAUUCCAUUAUCUCUAUGCAUACUGUAUUUUAUGAGAAAUAAAAGACAAGUGUUCUUGGGAUAUGUUCCUUUAAAUUUUGUCACCUUUGGGAAGCUUCAAUGCUUGUCAAUACUUUAUAUCUUUUAAUGCAAAAACUCUCAAUUAGAGUGUAGAAGUAUGCUCUUUUAAGACAUGUGUAUGAUAUAUGAUAUGCCUAAAGUGGUAAGCUUAAUCACAGGAUGUUUAGUGUUUGCUAUUUUAUGGUCGGGUAUAUUGCCUUCUUAAGACAAGACCAAAGAUCUCAUUGUUAGUUUGUUUUGGAUUAAAAUAUUUCAUUUCAUUAUUUGACAAAAAUAUCUUUAUUUUGAUCCAUCACACACAAAAGUAAAUCUAUAAAUUUGGCUGAUCCUCUCUGUUUUAUCGCUGUGUGCAAUAGAUAAAGUUUGGGUUCUAUAUUAUUUUAGUCGUAUGUCUAUCUUUGUAAUGAUCACACCCACCUUUAGGCCUGUAUUUUGAAGUCGGGUUUAAGUUAGACCAUGGUCUAACUCUGUGCUAAAAUUAUGGGGAGUCAAAAAUUCA